AUGCCUCCCAGCCUGUCUCUAUUCCUCAUCCACGCCCCGGCAUGUACACCAGAUGCUGGGCUCGUGGAUCUCGUCCAGCAUGACGACAAUGAGAAGGCAGACUUGAAUGAGCUGGAACACCUCCUCGAUGCAGAAGACACACCUGCAGAGUGCCACUGUUGUGGCCGAAGAAAGAAACGCAGAUCCUUCAAUGCAUAUCCAGAACAGUCAUACGGGCCUCAGGUCAUUCCUCGGCGCCGACCCCCUCCAGAGAUUCGAGGCUGCAAGCGUCUGCUUAUUUCGUUGUUACACAUUGCCUGCUGCUACCGGUCACGCCGCAAGUUUCAGUUAAUAACCCGUUAUCAAUAUCACAAACAGAAGAAGCCCUUUUCUGCCGUCUCCGUCCAUGUCGAGCAAUUGACCUCGGAAACCUACGAAGAAGAUGACCUCGCGGGAGUUCCAGAGCUGCUAGAAGUCAUCAAGCUUCAAGCCACGGGCUCGCAAGAGGUGGCUCGGGCAUUAAGAAAGAAGUUGAAAUACGGCAAUGCUCAUCGCCAGCUCCGAUCACUCAGCAUUCUUGAUGGUUUGUUACAGAACGGUGGCCCCAGAGUUCAGCGAGCGCUCCUCUCCGACGGCCCUCUUCUCGAACGCCUCCGUAUAGCCGCCGUCGACCCAUUAUCCGACCAAGAUGUACGAACCAAGUGUAAAGACCUUUUUGGUCAAUGGGUCGCCAGUUCCAAAGACAAUCCAGGCUUGGAAGGUGCCAAGUCUUUGUACAAUCAAUUGCCAAAGACACAGAAACCUGCCCACCAAAGGCGAGAACAGAGUAGAGUCCUCCGGGAAACAGAGGAGGAUGUACAACGGGAGCGGGAGCUGGAAAUGUCAAGAGACAGAUCUGACAGUGGCCCAAAGAUGGGAGAACCAUCAAGCCCACCGACCUCCCGCAAACUACAAUCGCCUGUAACAUUGGGAUCGUCAUCUACCUUCAGCCCGAAGAAGGUCAAGAAGGACAAGAAGAACAAAGUCAAGGGGUUCAACCUGGAGCGAGAAAAGCCACAAAUUUUGCAAUCCAUUGCGGCGUCCUCUGUAGCCUCGACAGGUCUGAACAACGCCUUGAGAUUGGUGAAUCGGGAAAGGGAGCAAGUUUCCAACAACCCAGAAGUGAUGAAACGCUUCGAGACAUGCAAGCAGCUACGUCGCCAGAUUCUGCGCUACAUCCAAUUCGUCGAAACAGAGGAAUUUCUUGGUGGGCUUAUCCACGCAAACGAGGAACUUGUCACUGCCCUCAUGGCCUUUGAAGUUAUGGACAAGUCGGUCGAUGAUGACUCUGACAGCGAAAUGGAAGAAGCUCAACAUUUGUCGAGACAGGCAGCUAGAAGUGAACAAGCAGCUACCAGGGAGGCCGAGAAGUUAGUCGCUGGUUUAAGCAUCUCAGCGCCACCGAAGCCUCCCCGGCCUUCUCCACCAUCGCACAUCGCAAUGCCCCCCCCUCGGCCUGCAGCUGCGAGUCCUAGGAACUUCAAGGGGAGGCAAGCUGAAAGUGAAAGCGAGACCGAAAGCGAAGAGGAUGAUGAUCCUGAUGAUCCCUUCGGGGAUAAAAAUGCCAUGAAGACGCCGGACCCAGACUCACUGGGAAGAAAGGGGUACACAUGGAAGGAGGUUUAG